ACAGUUAAUCCAGUCAUACCAUGGAAACACCCUACACACGGAGCGUAAAUCAAAAUUGUCAUUUCGCGCACGCGUCAACGUCAUCCAAAUUCCAAGUACCCUACAAACCGCAUCGAAUCAUUUUCCAUUCCGCCUUGGCAUUCAAAAAACCGACACCAUUUCGAACAAAAUGUCAUUCAGCAGUAAACAGGAUGGAUGGGCGAUGGCCGACGAUCCGCACAACGAGUACGAGGCCCCGAAACGGAAGUGCACGUGCUGCGACUGCAACAAACGGGUGAAGGCGACGUUCGCCCUCGCGUGGAUCGCGGGCGAUCCCGACAUGUGCCAGACGCAGCCGCAGGGCUUUCAAUUCGAUUACGUGGACACGGCCGAAAAUGUUUACAAAAAGCUGCAGGAGUUCGACGACUGGAUGAAACAGGCACCGAUUGCCGACUGCACAAAGCUGGUCAUGAAGGGCGCCGGCAAGUUCCUCGUCGCCAACGGCAUUCUCAAUGCUAAGUCACCGAAAGAAGUGAUGGAUUGCUGGAUGCCUAAGUCCCAUGAUUGUGCGUGUUGCUGCUCUGAAGAGAAGCUCGCCAGUUGCGCCAGAUCCAUAUGUAAACACCGUCGACAAUAACAAUAACAACAACAAUAACAAGAGAUCAUGUAUACAUAAUAACAAUGAAAUAUGUAUACAUAAUAUACUCGUAUAUGAAACACUGUAUAAUUUCUUUGUUUUUUAUUAGAUUAUACUAUAUACAUGUAAUAUUUUUCACUGUCAUUGUGUCAUACCAUACCAUACUAAGUCUACUAAAAUGAUGCCUUUUUAGUUAAAAGAAUCAAAUAUAUAUGUAUUUAUAAAAG